GGGAAGGGAAGGCGCCAUGCCGCCCGCCACGGCAGCCAGCCCGGAGUGCGCCCUGUGCGAGGCUUUCGUGCGCCUGAAGGGGCUGGCCGUGCUCGCCAUGGGUACCGGAGUGGCCUUUGUUGUUCUCCGGAAGCCCCUUCCCCUCCCCUGGAGCGCCCUCUUCUCUCUGGCUUUGGCCGCCUUACCCAGCUAUGCAAUUACCCGGAAGCAGCUGAAGAAAUGUGCUGACUUGUGGGACUUCCAGCCCCCCCCCCAAGGUAGCCCAAAGGUGAGCAAUGGGGGGGUUUGAAGCUGUUCAAAGGCUGCAGCCCCACUGCAGAUCCCUGAAUUUCAAGCCCAACCAGGCAGGACACGGAUGGCUGCUUAGGAGAAGCCAUGCAACCAUUUGGAACUUCGUGCAGUGUGUGAACAAGGUCGCAGGUGCCAGGCCUGCGUUGGCCUCCCCCUGGCAAAGGCUGGCAGAUUUUAUGCCCUCUGUAUAAAGGAGUCUCAGAGACCUUUGACUG